CUUAAAUCUGUAAUAUUUGACGUGUACAUAUGAUUGAAAACUGAAGUGAUAAAACACGAGUUGAAUUAGAUAAGAAAGGAUUUGAAAUGGAUUUAAAUUAUGUUAUUUAUCUUUCUAUUGUCAUUAGAUUAUUUGCAGUGGGCGGAGUACAAGGUGUAUGUAAAGAUGAUGAGAAAGAGUACAAGUGUCCACUGAAACCCGAGGUCUCGAUAUGUUACGGUGGCAGUUCUGGCAUGGACGCAGAUGACGUGCUUUGCUGGCUAGAAUGGAAUUGCGACUCCACCUGGCAGUCGGACACGUGUGGAAACUGCGACCAGAACCCAUCACAGUAUCCCGGCGGAUCCAGAUAUAAGGACUGCGCCGGCAACUGCUUUGACUCAUAUGAUGACAAAACGAUGAAGACCUUGGACAAGUGCGGCGUCUGUGACGGUGACGAAGGCACAUGCUAUCCGGAAGUGUUGACCUCCAGCCUCACAUUCGGUGCCUCGAGCUAUAAUCUAACGUUCGAUAUUGGUGGAGUAGGGUUUCGCACGCUCAACAUUGAAAUAGUCAUUCUUCAAGUCACCCGCGGUAACUCUGGCAAUCCUAUUGAAAGGCCCAGGCGUGAUGCUACUGGUCAGUCACCGGGGGGUGCGGGCGAGAGUAGAAGGACUGGUACCAGUACGGACGCACUUCCCAAACACAGACGCCGGAGGGCUGAAAAUAAAAUUGUCCAGAAAGAGGCGACUAUCGUGCAUAUUGAGGAUGCCACCAAUAUGACCAUUACAGUUCCGCCGCUUGAGCCAGGCAGGUACGAGAUAGGGGCGCGGGUGGGGCCGGAUGGAGAGGAUUAUAAUAAUGUGACGGGGCCGGAAAUACGGAUAUAUGACCCCUCCGUGUUCAGCACGGACGGGAUCAGCCCAAGAGAUCUGAACUACAUUGGUUUGGUAUCACUUUCGGUCAGCUUGACGAUCGUGGACGAGUCGACGACCAUCAGCGUCCAGGACAUUUACGUGGUGGCCCCCAAAGUGUAUUGUUUCACCGCAGAUACUGCAAACUCGGAUAUAUCUGCGGCGACGGAGACAGUGGUAGUAGACGACUACUCGAAUAAGACGGGGCUAUGGAACUGCACCAUCACGGUCCCCGGGGAGUCUAAGGCAAUGUGGGUGUGUGCCACGCUGGACCGCCUCCAUACUAUCGGCUGUGAGGCCGUCCACUUCUAUGAGCAGGCACCGGCAGUUAUAGACAACGAGGCAAUCUUCAGCGCCAUGGGUGACUCGCUGAAGAUAGCGUUUAACAAGAGGGUAGAAAAUAGCCCCGCCGACGGAUGUGAUGCAUACUUCGACGAUACUUCUGCUUUUGGUGGACCGGCCGUGUGUCGUUUCAACGCUGAAGCGACUGAGCUCACCGUCAUGUUCGGCGACGGAUCUACAAUUCUGCCAGGUAUGACUAUCGAUCUUAAAGAUGGAUUGCAGCCCGAGGAGGGCCAGUUCAAGCGUUCAACGCCCAAUAUCACCUUAAGCUUAGUGUCAAGGCAGGGGGAGGACGUGCCAAACGCCAUCCAGAUUGCGAAGCGCGGUUUCUGGCCCACCACUCUAACCCUCGAGGCCCAGGGCAACGUCACUUUGGAGAUCGUUAUUGUGUUUGCGCCCGGCGACCGUCAGCCGGCUUCUGUGGUCUGGAUGCUUAACGGCGCUGUUGUUGAAGCUGUUGCGGAUGAGAUGGAGAUGACGGUGAACAUCACUUCCGGUAACGAGUUCCUUGUGACUGUGACGGCCAAGGAUUUUUUAAAUGGCACGGCGUUCAUUAGCCACACCAUCCGGAAGGUGGACAUCGCCCUGCCUAACGUAAUCCUGAAGCCCGCGGGUGUUCUAUUCCUCCCUUCUGGAGGGAUCCAGAUAUACCCAAAUACUGCGUUCGGUAUCGGAACGCGAAUAGAGUACACAUCAACGGACGGUUCAGGGCUCGAUGCUUUCCGGUUCCGGUGGCGGAGAGACGGCAUCAUCGUGCCUGGGGAGUACAGGCACAUUGCCAAGAAAAGCGAUAUUACCAUCAACAUGUGUGGUGACGAGGUGGUGUACUCCCUAGAGGUAGCACUUAUUGAGGAUACUUCCGUAAAGGUUGCAUAUGAGAUCCCCUUCAUCGUCGGGUGCCGAAACCCCAUUCCUAUCAUAAAAGGAGGGUCGACGAAUGCGAUAUCAGCUGAUUCUAGCAGCUCGUUGACGCUGUACGGGAGUCUCUCGUAUGACCCUGAUGGCGGCCUUCUCUCCUACCAGUGGUCAUGCCUUACCGACACGAGCCAGAACUGCAUUAACAACAUUGAUAUAGUUGGUGCCACGAACACAUCGACACUGGCGUUUAAUCCCAAAAAGAUGAAGGGCGGAGUGACUUACACAUUUACGUUGAUGGUGAGCGUUGAGAAGAAAGAUAAAAACUAUUCGUCCAGCAAGUCUGUGGUCUACAUCGUUCACGGAUCGUCUGCACCGACGAUUCGCAUGGUGACAAUACGUCACAACUUCCGCCACGACCGGCCCAUCAUGAUCAAGGCGGAGGUGUCGAAGGACGUGGCGGUCGCCUGGCGCUUCGUCCCUAACCUGUGGGACUACGACUGGUUAAACGCGGACCUUCCGGCUGUGGGCCGCGCCAGCAAUCUGACAACAGACUGGUUCACGUGGUACACUAUCCAGCCAGGUGCCCUGACCCCCGGGCGUAAGUAUAAGAUGGAGGUGAAAGCAAUCAAUGCCGGGGACGAGGUCGAAACCACUCAUGAGCACGUGGUUAACGUUUAUCAGACGUUACGUGGGUGCACCAUCAGCGCAAGAGACAUCACAGAACUCACGGAGACAUCGCUAUCACUGCGUAACUGCGUUCACGAUCCGGAAGUGACGUGGCUGGACACCAUAUGUACGGUUUGCAGCAAGCCGGUGCCGACCAGGAGUGACCUUACUUUUAUAGUGCCAGUGUUUUCAGACAGAUCCACCGCGACAACACACUUCAAAUGCACGAUACGUGACAGCCUUGGCCAUUCUUUGUCUGUGACGAGCAACACCGUUAACGUCAAUAUGCAGGCCGACGUCAAUCAGCAUACACAGGACAUUGUUGAGGAGCUUGAACAGCAAGAUGAUCUACUGAAUGCGAUUGAGAUCAUGGCUGCCAGCCCGCCGACCAAGAGCGACCUGCAACACUCCCUCCAGACGCGUGCCGUUGGUCACAUCGAACGGCUCCUCACUAAAGACCCGAGUCCAGGGGAUAUGCGCGCUAUUGUGAAUGUGGUGUCGCGGCUGAACCUGGGAAGUAUCCGAAAGUACGAGCAGGGGAAGCUUUACAAGCAACUGCUAGAGAUCCUUCGGUCACUUUGCGCCGCCGCCACCGACUCUUCCGCCGCCUCCCUUACACAACAGGAAGUACAGAAAGUACUUCAGACAGCCAAGGAUAUGUCACACCUUAGAGGCGGAAAGAACCCCGAUUACCGGAAGAUGGAUGACCUCGUCACGUGCAUCAACAUUCGGCGCAUGCGCAACGAGGACGUCUCAUGCUUCGACACGCCGGACUCCUCACAUUGCUUCCUUGUGAACGCUCUAGAUGACGUCGGCGAAUUCCUGAACGUUAAAUUUCCGGAGGAAAUGAUGGAGACUAAGUAUCGUGACCUAUGGAACUGCGGUGUUGACCAAGUUUGUCACGGUGUUGGGAUCAAGUAUGAGAAGUACCCGACUGAACCACCUGACCUCCUCGUGCGCCGCUCCGACACCGAGUGUGCCACAUACACAUAUCUGGACCUGUACAACCAACUCACGGGCACACGUAUCCCGGUGAAGGACCUGGCUGGCGUGAUUGAGAUCACGAUUGGGGAGACGGCGUGCCCACGGCCAGAGUGCUACUUCUAUGACGAGUUCAACAAGCGCUUCUCCACCGAGGGCGUCAUCACCAAGCUCAUCAACAAGACUCUUGUCUGUGAGACCAACCAUCUCACCGGCUUCACACUCAGGAGCAAGCCGCCUCUGUAUGAUGGUUUCAACAUGCCGUACGUUGUCACGUGUGUCGUUGUUGCGCUGGUGUUCGCCUUUGCGUUUGUGCUGCUCGUGCGGGCGUUCAUAAUCCUGAACAGCUACCCUUCGAAGGAGGAGGAAAACGACCUCGCCUACUUCCGGGAGUCGGAAUCGCCCGAUUUGCGAGUGAAAACAUGAUGCGAAGAAUUUUGAACUUGUCUGUUGUCUUUUUUUCAAGGGAAUGUGUUGAGUUAUCGUCAUAUGGACAUAGUGAUGUCAUCAAGAUUAAGUCGGUGAUAAAUUGGGGAAACAACUUAUUAUAGAUAUGCACAAACAAUAUGUCACGUUUGUCAUCAGUGACACUUCACAUAUAACGUCAUAUGUCUUGAUUAACGUAAAAAAUGGACUAGCAUUGGUAUACUCAUGCGGUUCUCUAGAUCAAUUACAAAGCUUACUUUUAUCUUGUUAACUCAUCCGAAAACUGGCUCAAACAUGUAGUUUAUUAUAACUUUUCACACUUAAAGAUUUAGUUCUGCGAUAGCCAUCGAGAGACUGCCUUUAUAGUCGUUAAACUUAUAAUGUGUUUUUCUUGUUGUUUAACUUUUUUAA